AUGAGAGUUUUUCUUUAAAAGUAUACUGCACACGUAAGCACAAGACUUAGACGAUCGGAUCAUCGAAGAAAAGACGACGACAAAAUAUUCUUAAUCGAAGAAACAGAAAGUAGGACGACAGGGAGACCAAAGAUGAUACUGAAAGCCGCCCCUGGGGGCAUUGUCCUUCUACUUCUGCUCGCUGGAUCAGUCGGGGGGCAGGAUGAUGAUUCCUUGGCUAGCACUUUCCUAUCAGGUUUCUUAAACUCUCUAACGAGCACGGCGAAAAUCGCUGAUUGUCCGGGGGUGUGUGUGCACGCGUUGGCGACGUUGAUGUGCGACGACGUCUUGGAAGAUGUGCAGUGCCCCACAGCCAGUAUGCGAUGCUGUCUGCAGGAUCCAGUGAACGGCACCAGCUCGUUCGCCGAAAACGCCGUCGAGGACGAAGGACCGACCACCAUCGAAUCUACAACAGCAGACAAGACCACCACGAUUUCUACGGUGACACCUGCGACAACCGCCACAACGCUCAGUACAUCGACUUCCUCCACUUUGACAAAAACUACACCUGAAAGUUAUAAUGAAACGAGCGAGAAAUCGUCCACGAAAGUUUGUUCGGGCAUAUGCAUGGCUGAAAGAAUUGCCAAUUAUUGCGAUGCUGUGCUGAUGAUAGAUACUCUCUGCAAGCCGAGCUACAAAUGUUGCGUGUCCAGGGACGCCUUUGGAGAUUUUCCCCCGCCUGAGCUGCUGGUGAUCGACCGCACAAACUCGUCUCGUUACGAUGAGAAAAAUGGCGACGGAACUUUUAACAAGAUCUCAUCUCCGUCGACAACUAUGCGACCCAACACAUCGUUGUCAACAAACGUCUCGACGAUUGUAAUUGCGACGACAGUAACAACUACAAUGCUGCCGUCAAUUACAACGACAACGAGAUCUAACCCGGCGCCUCUGAAACCGUGUAAAGGACAAUGCAAGAGCGAUCUGUCCGCUUUCUUUUGUGAUAACAUAGACAGCGACGCGGAUUGUCCCGCUGAGGGAUCCGUAUUGACCAUUUGUUGCAUUAAUGAACCACCGCCGCCGCCACAAAAAGUGGAGACGACGACGACGAUUCGACCAGCUACAAAGGCUCCGCAAUCAAAAUUAUCGCCGUGCCCCGGCUUUUGCUUAUUGACAAUUAUGGCAGCUUUUUGCGAGCGGCCGAAUGCAAUCAUAGCAAAAACAUCGUCUUGCCAAUCUGGUUAUAUCUGUUGUGAUAAUACAAAGAGUUCGCAGCAGACGCGACCAAAACCGAAGCCCACUGCGCGAUUGCCGACAACCGUCUCAUUGCCGCCCGAUCCACGUCCGGAAUGCCCCGGUUCUUGCAUCGUAUCUUACUUAUCGUUCACCUGUUUCAGAAACGCUGAACUGACGAGCAUCUUCAAAUGCAAGAAGCAGGGACAUCAGUGCUGUGCACCGAAGUCUCUGAUAAGAGAAUUUCACGGAGGGAAUUCCACAGAACCGGUUCUGACCAACAGGAACGACACAUUCUAUGUCACUUCCCGACCUUACACUACUCCGACAUCAAUCUAUGAAACAACAACGGCCAUCUCCACCACGAAUAGUCCAGUGUACAAUAAAUAUGUUUGUGGCGUGAAGGGAACCUCUCGCGGUCCGAUUCAGGCGCGAAGUUCCACGAGAAUUGCACGCGUAGUGGGAGGUGAGGAUGCGGACGCCAACGAAUGGUGCUGGCAGGUCGCUCUGAUAAAUUCCCUCAAUCAGUAUCUAUGUGGAGGCGCGUUGAUAGGGACACAGUGGGUUUUAACUGCAGCACACUGCGUCACGAACAUUGUAAGAUCCGGCGACGCAAUCUACGUGAGGGUGGGCGAUCACGAUCUGACUCGUAAAUACGGAAGCCCCGGCGCCCAAACCUUACGCGUCGCGACAACGUACAUACAUCACAAUCACAAUAGUCAGACGCUCGAUAACGAUAUUGCUUUACUGAAGCUUCACGGCCAGGCGGAGCUGAAGGAUGGCGUUUGCCUGGUUUGCUUGCCGGCACGAGGUGUCAGUCACACCGCUGGCAAAAGAUGUACAGUUACUGGUUAUGGAUACAUGGGAGAAGCUGGUCCUAUACCUCUUCGAGUACGCGAAGCGGAGAUACCCAUUGUCAGUGAUGCUGAAUGCAUACGAAAAGUGAACGCGGUAACGGAGAAGAUCUUUAUUCUACCAGCUAGCAGUUUUUGCGCCGGCGGCGAGCAGGGAAAUGACGCUUGUCAGGGCGACGGUGGAGGUCCCUUGGUAUGCCAAGACGACGGCUUCUAUGAAUUGGCUGGAUUGGUCUCCUGGGGAUUCGGCUGCGGUCGCCAAAAUGUGCCAGGCGUCUAUGUAAAAGUCUCUUCAUAUAUCGGCUGGAUAAAUCAGAUCAUAUCGGUGAAUAAUCUAUAGCACAUCUAAGAUAGAAUACAUCUAAGAUAUUUAUUUAUUGAUGAAACGCUGUAGUAUCUUCGUGCAUUUGAUGAUAUUUAAUAUACUAUGCUACACAUUAGAGAUAUAGCAUAGCAAAAAAUCAUAAACAAUCAUAGAAAGAUCAUCGAAAAUCAUGAUACAGAUAGAUCAUUUCUUAGCUAUAUACAGGAUAUCCCAGACUUAAUGUACUAAUUGAUGAUUCACUUUUGAUGUUCUUAUUCCACUUUUAAAAUAAUAUGGUAAAAUAAUAAGAAUCGAUCUAAAAAAUAUAGUUGCAGUAAAAAAAACAGUUGUGUAUGUAUUGAUGCAACUGUGUACAAAAAAUAGUUAUGUAUUUUUAUGCAUAAAGGUAGUAAAGUCAUCGAAAAGAGAAUAUUUUACUCUAAUGUUUUAUAUGAUGU